AUGGGAAAACAACAGCAAUGGGGACGUUUAAACAAUUUGGAAAUUGUGGGUUUACCUGAAAAAUCUAACGAAUCUUUACCGGAUAUUAUAAGAAAAAAUGCGCUUCAUGCAGGCGUAGCUCUUACUAGUGAACAAAUUGAAUUUAUACACAGAGUACAACCGAGACAACAUAUAUCGGGAAGACCUAAGCCGUUAGUUGUCAAACUAAGCAACCGUGAUUUAAAGGAUCAUAUCCUAUCAGGGCUACGUAGAAAAAGAGGCAUACAGACUUCUGAUAUAGGAAUAAGUGGCAGCUCACAAAAAUUCUUCGUUAACGAACAUCUUACUCCUGUAAACAAAAAUAUUUUUAAUGAAGCUAAGAAACUAGCCUUGGAAAAGGGAUAUAAAUUUAUAUGGAUAAGAAACUGCAACAUUUUUUUAAGAAGAAGCGAACAACAGCCUGUUAUAUCCAUCAAUUCAAUGAAAGAUUUAGCGAAGAUUGUGUAG